UUUAUUUAUACUCGUGUGCGGAAUAAGUCAAGUAUAAUUCGUCGAUCUGUAGCGCCACUGCUGACUCUUCGGCGGAUAAUGGAACUGCAAUGUCAUUCGCGUAAUUUGUUUGCUCAUUCGAUAUCUUACCGACUGUUGGGGUCGAAGUCGGAAUUGAACAUUUCCAGCUGUCGGAUAGUUAGAUUUUGGAUCGUAAAUUUAUAAUAACCAUAUUGACACGCGCUGAAUACACAGCUGUCUCUAUAUGCGGUCUUGGAUACACAACUACAUCGUUGACGUUAUCGUGAUCGUGCAUUACAGUGAAAGGCGCAACUGUCAUUGUAGUGGGGGUUAUGCAGUUACGGUGCAGUCAAUGCAUACGCCAAUGCUUCCAAUAUGGCGUACGAAUCAGUGCGAAUUCCAUUGAGAUGUCGGUGAGAAGGGUGGUGGUGGAGGUAUCAUCGUUGGAAUCCUUCGAAAUAGUGUUUGGUCGUUCAGGCGUGUAACGGUUAUGCGUACAACCGACGGUUCGAGUGACAACCACGUUGAUAACGUUAAAAUAUUGUACUUUUACUGACCGCUUUCGAAUUUUUCUCGUGAUUGAAAGAAAAAUGAUUUAUUUAACCUGCAGCCAAGAAGUUUGCUAUUGCCGUGUUUUAAAAUAUCGAAAUUGUAAACUGCUGUCAUCGAGUUGCUUAAUAAAAGAAGAAAAACGAUAAACGUAACAAUUUCGCGGCGGCAUGCCCUGUGUCAGUACGGUCAGUACGAAAGUGACAGUUGUUCGACCAUAGCAGCGCCUCCUUAUACUUAUUGAGAGACUCGCCCUCGGUUAAAAACUCUUUUCGGGGCUACUAUUUAUAACAACCCAAGAUAGAUAUUGACAUCGUCUGCGGAACAAUCGUAAAAUAGUCCGCAGAAAAAAACACUGCUCGGUGGUGAGUUGCGAUGUAUCGUCAUCGAGGACGACGACUGGGACUCGGACUCGGAGGCGCCGCGUGUUUUUCACGCAACAAGCAAGCAUCGAUGCCAUCAGUUUUGCGAUUCGAUUGUGUCUGAGAUAAGAUAAGCUAUAAAUAAACAAAGAUUUGAAGUUCAAUGAAAUGUCAUCAACGACGAUGAAAUUGAGUAUGCAGGACAAAAAGGAUUUGGAUAAAUUUACAAAAUUUCUGGCCCUGAAAGCGGCUCAGAUAAUUGUUCAGUCGAGAACAGGGGAAAAAGUCGUGACUAAAUGCAAACCUGAUUCGUCAGGAGCUGACUGGUUUAAUCUGGCUAUACACGAUUUGCCGGAUGUUCUGGGUGAGGCCAAAAGGGUUCUUUGCGGGGAGCCGGUUGUUGGCUCGUCUGUGCCUUUGUGCAUUGAGAUCUCCUUGAGAACGGUAGAAGGAGACAGUAUGGUAUUGGAAACUUGGAGUCUUGGAGUUCUGCCUGAACAAAGUGAUCCUUCCAUAAGGGUCACUUACACAGUUUAUAACAGAAUGGGAAUUUUAUUGAAAAGUCUGCUUUCGAUAUCGAGAGUAACACCUGCUUACAAAUUGAGUAGGCGGCAGGGUCCGGAUUCGUAUCAUCUCUGCUACAGAAUAUACAUGGGAGAGCCACAGCUUCACACUUUGGGUGACAACUACAAACACGUCAGAGUCGGUCAACUUUGCACUCCUGUGGGUACGAUACAUCUGUCAGUUUCCUAUCGAACAAAAAUGACUAUAUCCCCGACUCAUGCCAGUCGCGAUUCUAUAAUGCUGAAAAGUGAUCAUUUUCAUUCGGAUCUGAGUCCUCGUCAUGCUCGUUAUCAACAAAGCGAGGAAAAUUCAAAGUCCCUGAGCGAUACAAUAAAACUUGGUGCUUUCGUUGUUAACAAGCAAGUGAUCGUUAAUGAGGAAGAUCUUCCUAUACCGGAUGUUCCUUUCAGUUCGUUACUUACUCCCCGUCAGACUUCUCCACCACCGAGUUCGAUCGUUGAGCCUACGAGCACCAAUCCAGCGGCGACAACGACCACUGGUGAAUCAAAUUUCGACAGGCCUGAGAAUGCAACACCAAAGUGCAAUUCGAGGAGUGGUUCCAGACGAAGCAGCUGCUCUGUUACAAGCGCCAACGAUGAUUUCAUUAUGGUAGACUUGAAAACUCCGUUCGCCGGUACAAACACAAACGGCGAUCUCGGGGCAUUUUAUCGUGAGUGCCAGAGCGCACCACAGCUUCAGGCCUUCACGGAAGAGAGAACUCUCGCUGAUCAAGUGGGUGAUCUUACCAAGCAGCUAGAGACUUUUGAAACUAAUAUGCAGCGAUACGACGGCAUACUCGCGUCUCUGUGCCAAACUGACAACAGUAAUUAAUUGUAACGUCAUGCGCAACUAUAACUUAAGAAAAAAAUAGCGACUCAAACUAUUGGAAUGGGGGAAGAAGAACUCCGAGUUACUCUCUGAUUUUAUACGUAUAAAACAUUUGAUCAUAGUCAUGUCGACAUUGAUUAUCGGAAGUCGGCGCUAGAAUCGUAUGCAAAAAACGGUCUAGAGUAUUACUAUACUUGCUGACAACUUACAAAUGCAGCUCAGAAGUAAGUUUUCUCAUUGAAUCAUUGUUUAUUCAUCGCCCAAACUGCGAAUAAAUUAUACAAACAACUGUUACUUGUACAUAAUGUAAAUUGCACGUACGCGUACGUCGUUGUAAUUUUUAUUAUUCACAUGUUUAAGAAACAUGAAAAAAUGAAUUGUUUGCAACAAA